AUGCUAAAAGAGCAUUUAGCCCCACAAGCGAGCAUUAUAGCCGAACAGCACAAAUUUUCAUUACGUACACAACAUGAGGGGGAAACAAUUGCUAAUUACGUGGCCGAAUUACGGAAAAUGACUACAAAUUGCAACUUUAAAUGUGAAAACUGUAGUAAAUCGACUAUCAAUACGCAUUUACGCACUCAAUUCAUACGAGGAAUUCGCGAUAGUGAGAUACGAGAGAGAUUACUGCAGCAGAAGUCAACAGCCACAUUCGAGGAGAUAGUACAGAUCGCAAAUUCGUUGGAAAUGUCGAAGAAAGAAGCAAGUGAGAUGCAGAGAACUGAGUUGGAGAUCGAGAAUUCAGACUACAAUUCUGAUUACGAUCAGGAACCAUUUAACAUUUACAAAAUCGUUACGAUAAAUUCAAUUAAUACGAAGAAAAUCAUGUUACCAGUAAAAUUAAAUGGCUCAGGCUGUCAAAUGGAAUUGGAUACGGGGGCAGCUGUGUCCACAAUUUCCGAAGCUAAAUUCAAGACAAUUUGCCCCAAUGCAAAAAUGAAUCCUACGUCAGUAAAAUUACGAACGUAUUCGGGGGAGAUAUUACACCCAAUUGGGUCUUCUGAAAUGAGAGUACAGUACGGAAAUCAAUCUACGCGCGCGAAUAUCUACAUUCUACCUCUCGAUGUUGAUACGAUAUUUGGGCGUGACUGGUUAACUGCGAUCAAAAUCGACUGGAAGGAUAUUCGGAAAAUCGAAAUGGCCGGAAACCCACCAGAACGUCAAGUUUUACUCGAUGAAUUCAAGGACGUCGUUACACCUAAAUUGGGAAAAGUCCCUAAUUACGAAUACUCUAUCAAGUUAUCGGAUCCUGAUACACAGCCUAUUUUUACGAAACCUCGUUUAGUUCCUUACGCACUAAAAGGCAAGGUCGAAGAAGAAUUGGACCGAUUGGAAAAAUUGGAAAUUAUUGAAAAAGUAGUACAUUCCACUUGGGGUACACUCAUAGUUCCAAUCGUGAAAAAGGACGGCACCAUACGUAUCUGCGCCGAUUUUAAGGGAACUAUAAACAAGAUAAUUAAGACGGGUCGCUAUCCAAUACCGAAAAUUGAAGAUAUUUUCAACAAAAUGAGAGGGGGAAAAUACCUCUGUUGUCUUGACAUACACCAAGCUUAUUUACAUAUGUCAGUAGAUGAGGAAACGUCCAUGUUACAAGCAAUCAGUACUCAAAAAGGAGUUUACAAGGUAAAACGCCUGAUGUUUGGCGUUAAGACAGCUCCAAAUGCGUGGCAAAGAUUUAUGGACCAAACUCUUCAAGAUUUGGACGGAGUAGUCUGUUUUUUCGACGAUAUCGCAAUACAGGGAAGAACACCCGAAGAUUUAGUCAAUUACUACCAAAGAUUUUUACCAAAUCUGUCUUCAAAAUUGCACCCAUUACAUCAGCUUUUGAGAAAAAACGUUCCGUUCACGUGGAAUAACAAGUGCGAGGGAGCCUUCAAAUUGAUCAAAACUGAAAUUACCAGUACAAAAGUUUUAAUGCCUUUCGACGAAAAUUUACCUUUAAUUUUGGCUACGGACGCUUCACCGACAGGGUUAGGAGUGGUUCUUUCACACAUCUUACCGGAUGGCACCGAGAGACCUAUAGCUUUCGCUUCAAGAUCUCUUAGUAACUCAGAGAAAAAUUAUAGUCAGAUCGACCGCGAAGCAACUGCGAUUUAUUGGGGAAUGAGGAAAUUUUUCCAUUAUUGUUACGGUAGGAAAUUUACUUUAAUCACGGACAACAAACCUCUUACAUCGAUUUUACAUCCCAAUAAAGACCUACCAGCUACGUCAGCGGUGAGACUUUUGCACUAUGCCAAUUAUCUAUCCGGAUUUAACUACGAUAUCAAGUACAGGAAAACUGAAGAUCAUGCUAACGCUGAUUUUUUGUCCCGAAUGCCCCUGGCAAAUACGUGCGAUAUUGCGGACAGCGCUUCGAUUUUCCAGAUUAGUCAGCUGGAGUUUCUUCCUGUUACUCGGAAAGAAAUACAAAAGGAAACGACGAAAUGUCCCGAACUGCGACAACUCAUACUAGCUAUACAGACGGGAACACCUCUUCCUGAAAAUCGUAAUAUAUCCGACUACACCAUUCAGGAUGGAUAUUCGUACACGAAAUGGCUCGAGGUGAUUCCAACUAGCUCUACCACGUCCGGAGCUACCAUUCAGAUCUUACGAGAGAUGUUUUCACGUUUUGGGUUACCCGUAACUCUAGUCUCGGAUAAUGGCAGCAACUUCAAGUCCACAGAAUUCCGAGAAUUUCUCAAAAUGAAUGGAAUUAAUCAUAAAGUUACCGCGCCAUAUCACCCAGCGACCAACGGCCAGGCGGAACGCUACGUUCAAACCGUCAAGAAGAGCCUGAGAGCUAUGCAAACCGAAGGAGAGAGUUUCAAUCUCAACCUUUGCCGAUUUCUGAUACAAUAUCGGAAAACACCGAAUUCGACCACCGGGGUCAGCCCAGCCGAGCUGAUGUUCAAAAGAAACAUUCGUACUCGAAUUGACCUAGUCAAAAGAGACUUAACUUCAGAAAUCGGAGAUAAGCAGCUUCCAAAAGAAAAGAGCGAACGAAGGUUCGAAGUCGACGAUCAAGUGCAAUACCGAACCUAUGGCGAUCAAGCUCGGAAAUGGAAGUAUGGAACGAUCGCGAAUAAAACCGGAGAUCUUCACUACGAGGUAAUGAACAAUGGUCGAACACAACGUCGACAUCUCGACCAACUUCUUCCGUACGAGGGAACUAUACCUCAUGAGCCGAGCGUGGUGGUACCCGAAGUCGAGGAACUUAUUCCACCUCCAACAGUACCGGAGGAAAUUCCGAUCGAACCUAUAACUUCGAAUCCUCCACCUGAGAGAAGCUCUGAGGGGAAACCUCCGAGUCCGAUACCCGUGCGACGAUCUACCCGUAAACCGAAACCUCGGAAUCGGAUGAAUUUAUAA